UUCUUUAUACAAGGAUUUUCGAAUGACUUGCGACUCUUUAUCGGGUCUAUAUUACCCUAGAACUCAAGGUGAGAAAACAGUCCCUGGAACAAUGUCGAAACAACUGGACGUAAAAAGUGAGUAUAAGAAAACCGCGAAGCGGUUUUCCCCAAAGGAGUAUCUCCUGUUGGGCGCCGGGCCCACGAAUAUCUCUGAACGGGUCGCUAAAGCCUUGUCCCAUCAAUGCUUGAAUCCAAUGGGGGCUGACAUUUUCCAGAUUCAAGACGAAAUCAAAGUCAUGCUGAAGUAUGUCUUCCAAACGAAAAAUAAUCUCACGCUUGUGAGCCAAACGUCGGGAAAUGGCGGCAAUGAAGCCAUCUUGGUCAAUCUUCUAGACCCCGGAGAUCGGGUGGUGAUAGCAAUUGGGGGCACUUGGGGCGAGAAAAUGGUCGAUAUGGGGCAAAGAUACAAUUUCGAUAUUCUCCCACUCAGGAAAAAUCCCGGCGAAAUUUUUACUUUACAAGAGCUUGAAGAUGCAGUGGUACGCCACAAGGCCAAAAUGUUAUUUGUGACUCAUGGAGAAUCCACCGGAGGGACUCUCCAACCCCUUGAAGGUCUUGGUGCCAUGUGUCACAAACACCAGUGCUUGUUUGCAGUCGAUGCUAUCGUUUCCAUAUCAGUGGAACCACUUUUUGUCGAUCGCUGGGAGAUUGACGCUGUGAGUGCUGGCAGUCAGAAAGCCAUAGGUGCACCUCCUGGCACUUGUAUGCUAAGUUUCAGUCCCAGAGCCGAGAAACGAAUGAGCGAGAUAAAAGUACCACCACCGUACUACAUGGACAUGAAAAGACUGGCAGUUUACUGGAAGUGCACUCCUGAACCAAGACAGUACCACUACACUUUUUCCUCAAAUUUACUAGCUUCAGUACGGGAAGCUUUGGCUGAAAUUUGUGAGGAGGGUCUUGUCGAGGUUUGGGAACGACACGCGUCCAACACGCGACUUUUCUGGAAGAAACUCCAGGAAAUCGGUCUAGAACCGUUCGUCCAGAACGUCAAGAACCGUUUCAUGGGGGUUACCCCCGUGAAGCUUCCCCCAGGAAUCGACCAAAUGGAGUUCCUCAACUUUAUGCGACAAAAGUACCAAAUCGAUAUUACACCGGGCUAUGGGCCCACUUUGGGCAAAGCUAUCCGCGUCGGCUUUCUAGGCCAGAACAGCAGGCCCGAAAUGGUCGAAUACAUGGCAGAAGCGCUAAAGGGCGCUCUCGAACAUUUUAACAAGUGAUUUUUAUCAAAUAAAUCCAUUUCAGUAC